AUGGAGCACAAGGCAACCUGUGUCCUGCUCGUGGUCCUCCUGCUGGCCCUCAGUGCCUUGGCCCAGGACCAGAAAGAGACUUGCACCAUGUCCCUUAGGGAAAGGGUCAACUGUGGCUACCCCGGCGUCACAGAGCAGGAGUGCAAGAACAGGGGCUGCUGCUUCGACAACAGAGUCCUGGGCUUCCCGUGGUGCUUCCACCCGGUGGACGUCCCGAGCUCCUCAGAAGGCACCGAGCCUUUGGACGGUACGCGGCACAGCGGGGUCAGGACAUGUGGGCUGCGGUGUGAGGGGCUGACCAGCCUGGCUGCCUGGUUCCCGGGGGUCCUGGAACUGGGCCUGGUGGAGGGUGGCUGGUGCCAGCCUCUGUCUGAAGUCAGCAGCCAUCAUAAGGAACUGCCACAGACCAAGUACCGCAACAGACAUUUGUUUCUCCCAAGUCCUGGAAGCCGGAAGUCCAAGAUUGAGGCCAUGUCAGGCUGCCCCUGGUAA